AUGACCGUCGAAGUUCAAGGCGAAAAUGCUCCUCUGCUUCCGAAAACCGUUCUACGCAACUGGCGAUCCUCUCUGAAAGACGCGUACCAAAGGAACACAGGCUUCCUGCUUAUUGCAGCUGCUUCUUUCAUCUUUUCCAUAGGAAAUGUCUGCGUGAAGGAACUAAACAGACUGGAUGACUCAGUGCCAACUUUCCAGUUAAUCGCGAUCCAUAUGAGUAUAACCUACCUCGGCGCUGUGAUAUACAUGCUAUGUGCAGGAAUUCCUGAGCCUUUCAGAGGACCCCACGGAGCUCGCACGCUUCUCGUGUUUCGUGGGAUAUGCGGUUUCGUCGGUAUCUGCGGGGUGUACUAUUCCCUCAAGUACCUUUCCCUCUCAGAAGCUACGGUCCUCACCUUUCUGAUGCCGACUACAACCGCCAUAGCGGGCGCGGUAUUUCUUGGGGAAACGGUAUCUGUGGGGCAGAUCAUAGCUGGACUGUUCAGCAUCUCCGGUGUCCCCUGCAUCGCGCAGCCGGAAUUUCUGUUCGGGGACUCACCGGUAGAUGAAUCCAGAGAUCCCAAACGUCGUUUGCUUGCAGUUGGCGUCGCUCUAAUCGGCGUACUUGGAACCACAGCCGCUUUUACAACUAUUCGUGCCAUCGGUUCCCGAGCCCACGCCCUUCAUUCCUUAGCCUCAUUUUCAUUGCAGUCGGUCAUUGCAUCCAGCAUUGGAAUAGCAAUAACGGGUACUCCACUUGUCUUCUCCGCCAAUUGGAAAUGGAUCGCUCUCUUUCUGACAUUGGGGAUUACUGGAUUUUUUGGGCAGCUCCUUAUCACCAUGGGCCUCCAGCGCGAAACAGCUGGAAGGGGAACGACAGCUGUUUACACCCAAAUCGUCUUUGCUACUGUUCUUGAACGUGUUUUCUUUGAUUUCACUCCCGACGCGUGGUCGGUGGUAGGUAUCGUGAUCAUUGUAACAGCAGCGUUAUAUGUCGCGCUGUCGAAGCGUAAGGAGCGAGUUAGCGAUAGCCUAGAGCCUUCAGAGAGCGCAUAA